AUGAAUCCUAGUAUGGAGCUUGAUAUUGCAGCAACAAUCCAGGGAGAACAGCAGGAAGAAGCCAGGAUCUUAAGCAAGAAUGUGAUUCCUGGUGAGUCCGCGGUGGCCAAAUCCGCGCGGGAACAAGAUUUUCCAAUUUUUCUGCUCGAUCGUGGGCUUCAAGUCUGCCUGGAGAAAGGCUCCGCAACUCGCGAGAGUGACAAGAUCAGCAUCCUACAAUCCAUCGCUCAAAGCCGUGAGUUGUUGUCAGAUGAAGGGAAAGAGCGUCUUGAGAAGAAUUUGCUUCGGGCGAAUCAAACUCUUCAUUCGACCUUAGCAGUGCUGGCUUGGCCCCAAGCAAUGCACAAGAAUCUUUUGCCCAAGCAUUCAAAAGGCCUUCACUCUGGCAUGCUCAACGUUUGUGAUGCCUUAGUGAAUGACAGCUUCCGGCAAUCCUUGGAUUUGAGUUUGGCUCAUUUUGAGGAGACUUGUGUUGAUUCGGUGGUGAAGACCUUGGCCGAGUCCUUGCCCAGCAGUCUGGUGAAACUCAAGCUCAGCUUUGAGGACUGUGUACGUUUGACGGAUCUCUCCUUACAAGCAUUGACCUCACGUUUUCAGCAGCUGAAGUUACAGCAGCUUUACUUGGACUUUGUGGGCUGCAAGAACCUGACAGAUGCAGGUUUGAUUCUUUUGGCCAAGGUGCUUCAUAGCUCGAGCAUCUUUGAGUUGGAAUUACACUUCGCAGGCUGUGUGCGACUGCACAGUACAGGCAUCCUCGCUUUGCAAGAGAAGCUCCCCACUUCUCUCCGCAGCUUUAAGGCCAGCUUCAAAGGAACAUCAAUCAAUCGAAACUUUCGAGAUCUCAUCGAUUUCAAGGAGUACAAAGUGCCUCGACAAUGA